UGUGAUAUCUUAUUAAGACAUAGUUAGAAAUAUUUUCCCUAAAACCAGAUUACGCAAAACAUGCUUGACAAGAUUAUUAUUCUUUUCUUUUCAGAUAAAAAAUUAGACUAAUUUCCAAGAGCAAGGCCUUUUUAUUUUCUUGAGAAUGCAGUGCAUCAGGCACAUUGUUUUUUUUUGUCUUCAGUUUAAAAAAAAAAGGACACCAAAGAGCAAUGAAAACUUGCAUAAUACUAAUCCUUGAAAACAAUCUUAAAAAAAUGCUUCUGCAAUUAUCUCAUAAAAUCUCACAAUGUUUAUCCAUUCUAUCUCACUACUUUAUCUCAGAUCAUGUAAACACUCCUAAUUGAGUUUCCUCAUAAUUUGCAUGACAGUGGGAUAGAACAUGAACUUUGUAUUAUUCAGCACUGCUUUUUGGGGAGAUUUAUAAAACUAUAAGACAGAAAUAUUUGGGCACCUUUCGCUAAAUUGCCACAGCUUUCAUUCCAACCAACCCCCCCUUUGCCAUCCACUCUGGGCCUCUGGUACCUACCACACACACAGUAGUCCCCACUGAGCUGUGCGGAACUGGAUAAAUACCAUCUCGUCAGAGGCUCUGUGUUAGCAGAUCGCUGGAGGCUUUGUGUGGAGAGUUGGAUACCCGGUCCACGGAGCAGAGAGAACACUGAGAGCUGCUGCGCUGCUGUGGGCAAGCUAACUUCUCAAUGUGAAGCUAUCCCAUGAUGCAACAUGUGUCCCCAGCACCUGCAGUGACAAUGAUGGCCACCCAGAGCGUUCCUCCACCAUCGUACCAGGAGAGCCAACAGAUGACGGGCACCACUCAGCAGAACACCAAGACCCCACAGGUCCAUAUCCCAGCAGCCUCUGCAGCAGGAAAUACCUCUGUCAGUGUGACCCUUGACCCCCAGGCCCAGCUUGAGUCCGACAAGAGGGCUGUUUACAGACAUCCAUUGUUCCCCCUGCUGGCGUUGCUGUUUGAGAAAUGUGAGCAGGCCACACAGGGAUCUGAAUGCAUCACAUCAGCCAGCUUUGAUGUGGACAUUGAAAACUUUGUGCACCAGCAGGAGCGAGAACACAAGCCCUUCUUUAGUGAAGAUCCAGAGCUGGACAACUUGAUGGUAAAGGCCAUUCAGGUGUUGCGGAUCCACCUAUUGGAGUUAGAGAAGGUCAAUGAGCUCUGUAAAGAUUUCUGCAACCGUUACAUCACCUGCCUCAAGACCAAGAUGCACAGCGACAACCUCCUGCGUAACGACCUCGGAGGACCCUAUUCUCCAUCACACACCAGUCUCAACAUGCAGCAGGAACUAAUUCAGACCUCCUCUCCAUCCAUGACCUCUGUCUCCAGCUCUGUUAACCCUUCAGGGAUUGUGGUGCCUGCCGGGGGUCUGCAACAGGGCAAUGUCGCCAUGACUACAAUCAACUCUCAAGUGGUAUCAGGUGGGACCCUGUACCAGCCGGUUGCCAUGGUGACAUCGCAAGGGCAAGUGUUAACGCAGGCGCUGCCGCCGGGAACCAUCCAGAUCCAGAACUCACAG